UUAGUAGUGCCUAGUGCAGUGUGUCAGUCAGACUCUCGUUUCGUGCGGAUUUUAGUUAGCAGUCUAUCGUAAUCGAUUCUUUACAACGACAAGAAAAUUAAGGAAUUAUCUCGAGCUCCUGCAAAAUAUCCAAGGCGCCUUGUGAUUGCACAGGCGAACAGGGACACCAGCAGCAUCGUUCCGGUACAUCGAUUCCCACGGCGGCACUAUGUGGAAGAUCGGGUGAUUCCUCUCUGCCUUGUCGUCCUCCCGCCAAUUGAUGUCUGAAGACUCGGACUCCAAGGGCUACCAGUACUCUGCCCUGGAGGGUCGGGAUGCGUUCGGAGCGGAAGCAGCGGCCCGCGGGCCCAUGGCCCAGCUGCGCCACAUGGGCGGCUUCGGCGAGGGCAGCGACAGCAGCCAGGAGCCGCCCGCCUCGCCCCACGGCGACCGGAAGCGGGCGCGCGCGCUGCACGAGGAUGUGGAGAUGAACGGCAGCGGCUCCAGCGGCAGCGGGACCGAGUCCCACGGCAACGAGUCCCAUGGCAACGACUCCAACGGCAACGAGUCGCUCGCCAGCUCCAACGGCAACGGCAAGGACUCGGCGCUGCUGGAGUCGUCGGGGAGCAACAAGAGCUCCAACUCCCACAGUCCCUCUCCUCCCAGCAGCUCCAAUGCCUUCAGCCUUCUGAGUGCCAGCUCCGAACAGGAUAACCCCUCCACCAGUGGCUGCAGCAGCGAACAGUCGGCCAAGGCCAAGACUCAGAAGGAGCUGAUCAAGACCCUGAAGGACCUGAAGCUGCACCUGCCCUCCGAAAAGAGGAACAAGGGCAAGUCCAGCACCCUGAACACCCUGAAGUACGCGCUGCGCUGUGUCAAGCAGGUCAAAGCCAAUGAAGAGUACUACCAGAUGCUGAUGAUCAAUGACAGCCAGCCGCCGGGGCUAGACGUGUCUUCUUACACCAUUGGGGAGAUAGACGGGAUCACCUCCGAGUACACCCUCAAAAACACAGACAUCUUUGCGGUGGCCGUGUCCCUGAUCACGGGAAAGAUUGUGUACAUCUCGGACCAGGCAGCCUCCAUACUCAACUGCAAACGGGACGUGUUCAAGAACGCCAAAUUCGCGGAGUUCCUGUCCCCGCAGGACGUCAGUGUCUUCUACAGCUUCACCACGCCCUAUCGCCUGCCGUCCUGGAGCAUGUGCACAGGGGCAGAGUCCUCUCCAUCUGAUUGCAUGCAAGAGAAAUCCUUCUUCUGCCGAAUCAGCGGGGGCCGGGAGCGUGAGGGCGACCUGCAGUACUACCCCUUCCGCAUGACGCCCUACCUGAUGAAGGUGCAGGACACGGAGCUCGCAGAGGAGCAGUUCUGCUGCCUCCUGCUGGCAGAGAGGGUGCACUCCGGGUACGAAGCUCCCAGAAUCCCCACAGACAAACGGAUCUUCACCACAACACACACGCCCAACUGCGUCUUCCAGGACGUGGACGAGAGGGCUGUUCCUCUGCUGGGCUACCUGCCCCAGGAUCUGAUCGGUACCCCGGUACUGCUGCACCUGCAUCCGAGCGACCGCCCGCUAAUGCUGGCCGUUCACAGGAAGAUCCUGCAGUAUAUGGGUCAGCCGUUCGAUCACUCCUCCAUCCGCUUCUGCGCCCGGAACGGCGAGUACGUCACCAUCGACACCAGCUGGUCCAGCUUCGUCAACCCCUGGAGCCGCAAGGUGUCCUUCGUCAUCGGCAGGCACAAAGUCCGCAUGGGUCCUGUGAAUGAAGACGUGUUUGCGGCCCCCGCCUUCACAGAGGGAAAGAUCAUGGACUCGGACAUCCUAGAGAUCACAGAGCAGAUCCACAAGCUGCUGCUGCAGCCGGUCCAUAGCAUCGGGUCCAGUGGUUAUGGCAGCCUGGGGAGCAAUGGUUCCCACGAGCAGCUCAUGAGCGUCGCCUCAUCCAGCGAAAGCAACGGCAACAGCAAUGCCAACGAGGACGCGUGCAAAGUCAAGCCGCGAACGUUCCAGGAGAUCUGUAAGGAUGUCCACAUGCUGAAAAACCAGGAGCAGCAGGUCUUCAUGGCGUCUGCAGCCAAACCAGAGCCCAAGAAGAUCUCCGAUACAGAGUUCCAGCAGAAGAGCCCUGUGGUGCGGCCCAAAGACUCUGCAGUCCUUUUCAGCGGGAGGGAGAGCGUGGGCAACCUGGAGGACAGGGGUGCUGCACAGGAGCAGCAGAUGGCCUACUCCUACCAGCAGAUCAGCUGCCUCGACAGCGUCAUCAGGUACCUUGAGAGCUGUAAUAUUCCCAUCACGGUGAAGAGGAAGUGCCAGUCCUCAUCCAACACCACCUCCUCCAACUCUGAUGAGGACAAGCAGAAAGGAGCUGACAGCAGCAUGCAGGAAGCUCCAGAGGCCCUCGCCAAUCUGCCGUCUAUGAAGGCGCCCAAGAAGCCGCCUGGAGCCGCUGUGGUGGGCGCUUCCCUGGCUCCUCUGGCCCUGCCCAGUAAGGCGGAGAGUGUGGUGUCCAUCACCAGCCAGUGCAGUUACAGCAGCACCAUUGUCCACGUUGGAGACAAGAAACCCCAGCCAGAAUCCGAGAUCAUUGAGGAUGUGGCUGAGAGCCCGGCUCCCUCUGCGCCAGCCCCGAGCAUAGUGUCGCCCCCCAGCCAGGAGAAGGAGCCCUAUAAGAAGCUGGGCCUCACCAAGCAGGUGCUGGCCGCGCACACGCAGAAGGAGGAGCAGGCCUUCCUGAGCCGCUGCCGAGAGCAGCUGGACGGCCGCACCUUCCGGGCAGACUGCUCCCUGUACCUGGAGCGACACCGCAGCCUGCCCAACCCUCAGGCAGCUCUUGGCUCUCGAGGACCGAAGCCCAGCGGUAGUGGGGCAGAGCCCACGGCCAAGAAGGGCGGGCGCAACAAGAAGACGAAGAAGUCCCGCAUGAAGAAGCACGAGUCCUCAGACAGCACAGCCUCCCACAGGACACAGCCUCAGCGCCCGCCCCUGCAGAGCCUCAACCAGACGUCCUGGUCCCCCUCGGACACCUCCCAGUCCACCUUCCCCAUCCCCUACCCGGCCGUCAUGCCGGCGUACCCGCUGCCAGUGUACCCGGGCUCCGGGGAGGUGCCCCCCAGGGCCGACCCCUCGCUGUCUGGCUUCGGGGAGAACCAGGGCAGCCAGGAUCCCCGUUGCCCCAUACAGGCCGUGCCCUACUCGGCCCCGCUGGUCACGCCUAUGGUGGCCUUCGUACUGCCCAACUACAUGUUCCCCCAGAUGGGGGCCGCGCCACGGCAGCCCUUUUACCCAGAGCAGCCGGCUUUCCCGCCGCAGGGUGCCUUUCAGGGACAGGCGUCCUUCCCCGCUCAAGCCUCUUUCCCCAGCCAGCCCGCCUUCCCGUUUCAGACACAGUUUGUAGCCCAGCCCCCUUUCCCCUCCCAGGCACCGUUCCCUGCCCAGCCCUUCAACUACAGCGUGCCCAGCGAGCCCCCGAAAGCCUCCGGGCCUGAGCCGCGGGAGGGCCUGUCGCGCUCCUCCACUCCCCUCUCCGGCGCCCGGGACCAGGCCUCGCCCCCUCUCUUUGAGUCCCGCUGCAGCUCGCCCCUGCAGCUCAAUCUUUUGCAGCUGGAGGAGACGACCAGGUCUGUGGAGAGGCAAGACAGCUCGGCGCCCCCUGCUGGAGCCCAGGGGAGCAGCCCGGGGGAAAAAGGAAGCGCAAGCAGUGCCGCCAAACCAGACAAGGAGCUGCAGCAGCGGUCACUCGGUCUUCCUGCGCUAGUAAGCGCGUGUGGAGCGUCCGCCUGUGGCCUCAGUGCUCGAGGGUCCUUUAAUUCCAAGGACACACACAGGGGUGUGGGUUUAUCAAGGUUAAAGUCGGAGGACAGUCUGGCUUGGAAUAAAGGGUGCUCUAGACUCGAUUGUUGCAUCGAUGAGGUGGGCUCCCCAGGUGAGGGUCAGCACAGCGACGCCCACUCGUCCUCCAUUGACCUGCUGGACAUCCUGCUGCAGGAGGACUCCCGCUCUGGCACUGGUUCCGCCACGUCCGGCUCGCUGGGGUCCGGGUCCCACGGCUGCAGCACCUCGGCCAGCGGCGUAGGGAGCAGCCAAACCAGCAACACCAGCAAGUACUUCGGCAGCAUCGACUCGUCGGAGAACGACCACAAGGCCAAGGCGCGGGCGGAGGCCGAGGUGGAGGAGAGCGAGCACUUCAUCAAGUACGUGCUGCAGGAGCCCAUCUGGCUGCUCAUGGCCAACGCCGACGAGUCCGUCAUGAUGACCUACCAGAUCCCCUCGCGUGAUGUGCAGAAGGUCCUGAAGGAGGACCGGGAGAGGCUGCGGCAGAUGCAGAAGAGCCAGCCGCGCUUCACAGAGGAGCAGAUGAAGGAGCUGGCGGAGGUGCACCCCUGGAUGAGGAGAGGAGGCCUGCCCAAAGUCAUCGACACCAAGGAGUGCUUGUGCUGUAAGGGCGGCUCUUCGUCCCUGAUCGAAGAGGAACUGCCGGACAUGGAUCUGAGAGCCCUGGGGGACACGAGCGAGGAGCCCACUUUCCCGAAAGGUGGCGAGGAACCCCUGCAGGCAGACGCUCGUCCCGGCCCAGACCCCGUCCCCUAGUACCCUCCACCUCCUGCAGGGGGGAGGGAAGGACCUCCGGCAGCCGCUCGGGGCCAUUUGCCCCUCGUAGACGCCUGGCCCAGUCCUGCACCGGGACCACCGCUCAGCCCUGGAGGGCCCGUCUGCAGCAGACGCCAUGUGCAGCUGUGACGCAUUCUGAGGACGUACCCGCUCCUGCGUCCUUCUUCUGACCCUAACGCAGCCCGCCAGCCGGUCUUCACAGGAUGCCUGCUUAGAUGUUAAGGUCCUCCUGGGUUGCUAUAUUUUUUUACAUUUGCUGUCAGAUAUAUUUAAAAAAAA